AUGAGGAUAAUCUUAACUACCUUCCUUGGAGUAGUUUUUGGCUUCUUGAUAGGAGUGUCUUUUCCGACCUUGUCAUUGACUAAGCUGAAUAUCCCUUCCAGCUUCCUUCCUGUCACUGAUAACUCGUACAAUGAGGACAACAAAUCAGGACUCUCACCUCAAACCACUUUGAGUACAUGGUCUUCUACGAAGGUUAACAGCAGUAGCUCAACGCAGGCACCAAAUUUGAACAAUACAUCACAGAUUUGGGUCCCUACGAAUCCUCGUGGUGCAGAAAGACUAGCACCAGGAAUUGUUGCAGCUGAGUCAGACUACUAUUUGCGCAGAUUGUGGGGUAAUCCCAGUGAGGAUUUGACUGGUGCACCAAAAUAUCUUGUAACCUUUACUGUUGGCUACGAUCAGAGAGAGAAUAUUGAUGCAUGUGUUAAAAAGUUUUCAGAGAACUUUACUAUCCUCCUAUUCCAUUAUGAUGGACGAGUUUCUGAAUGGGAUGAAUUUGAGUGGUCCAAGAGAGCUGUUCAUGUGAGUGCCCGGAAACAGACUAAAUGGUGGUAUGCUAAGAGGUUUUUACAUCCUGAUAUUGUGGCACCAUACGACUACAUAUUUAUCUGGGAUGAAGACCUGGGAGUUGAGCAUUUCAAUGCGGAAGAGUAUGUGUUAGAUAAGCAUGGCUUGGAGAUUUCACAGCCUGGUUUGGAACCUAACAAAGGGUUAACAUGGCAGAUGACAAAGAGAAGAGAUGAUCGUGAAGUUCACAAGUUUGUUGAAAUCAUGGCUCCGGUGUUUACACGAGAUGCUUGGCGCUGUGUGUGGCAUAUGAUUCAGAAUGAUUUGGUCCAUGGUUGGGGCCUUGAUUUUGCUCUUAGAAAAUGUAUAGAGCCUGCCCAUGAGAAGAUAGGAGUUGUAGAUUCUCAGUGGAUUGUUCAUCAAACUAUUCCCUCUCUCGGGAAGCAGGGUGAGUCACACAAUGGGAAGGCACCAUGGCAAGGGGUAAGGGAGAGGUGCAGGAAGGAGUGGACUAUGUUUCAGAGCCGGCUGGCGAAUGCAGAAAAGGCAUAUCUUAGGGCAGCAGGACUUGAUCCUUCCAACUCUAAGGGUCACUAG